UGCACAGGUUUUACACAGGUCACGGUUAUACUUCAGUACCAUUUUUACUAGUUAAUUAUAUAUAACGCAUACCAUGUGUAUGGUAUUAGUGAAUAUAGACUAAAAAUAGAGAAAAUUGCUCUUAACGAAGAUGUGUAAUACUUAAAUAUAACUUUUUUUUUCUCGUUUAAAGAAAGUAGCUCUACAGUACCAACUAAAUCUACAUGUAGAUCUCUACUGAUUUGAAGUGUGUAUGGUAUAUUAAACAGUCUACUUAAAAUGGAGUAUAAUACAUGUACACGGAUUACAAACAACCUCAUACCGGAUGGAGGUACUAUUGUGUUCGAUUGGGACAACACCCUAAAGUUAUAUGAUCAUACAAAUAGACAAAUAUUUUCUAGGGUAGGAAAGGCGAGCUUGCAACGAUGGAAGACUGAGAAAAAUUGCGAUAUGUAUAUAAUAAGCGCAAUUUAUCCUUCAAAAAUCAAUCUCGAUACUCUUCUUUUUGAAGUAAAUAAACUAGAUUUGUUGGAAUUCUUCACAAAGGAGGAAGAUAAAGUUGAAGUAAAGGCGGGAAAGUUUGCCAGAAAAGGCAACAUUAUAAUAUGCGGUUAUGAUAAAGCAGAAAUGUUCAUAGAAGUGACCCAACACAACUUGAGAAGCAAUUAUCCCAGCGGACAAAACUAUCAACCAGUAAACGAUCUAGACGUUGUCGAUUCUGUAGAUUACCCGGAUGGUGAUACGGUCGAUGCUGGAGUCUGCAGAGCAUCGGCGGGCACGUCUAGUGACUGUUGUGUAGGUGGAUCUUCGGUGAGGAGUGUUCAAAAUAAGGUGGUCUUCUUUGAUGACGAGGAAAUCAACAUUAUCAACUUCAGUGCGUUAGUUCCAGAUAGUAAAUGUUUCCUAGUGAAAUGAUAUAUCAAUAUAGAAUUUGUGUUGCUAUAUUUUAAUUACAAUUUUAUGUACACACUAAAUUUUGUGAUAAGUAACGAGGAGUUCGAGGUAAAAUACAGCCUAAACUGUUCAGAUCACACUAAGAACAACUUGAUUUUGAUAUUUUAUUCACGGGUGAAAAUCAUAUAGAUCUAUCUAUCUCUCUCUCUCUCUCU